CGCAAUGCAUGCAAACUCAUCCCAGAACCUUGGAAGAUGUAGGUACAGUACACACAUACUUCGCCCAAACAGAGGUACAUACUGCGUACAUAACCUUACCUCCUCCUCCUCCUGCUCCCUCCCCCGCCUCCGUGUCCAACAGUCGCCACCCGCUCUGCUCCAUUAUUCUAGUCUCUGCACAGGAUAUUCCUACCAUGCUUCGGGUAAUUUACUCUGGCCUGUGGUUCCGCUCCCUUACUACCAGUUACUAGUCCCGUACGCCAUCCACAAUACGCCGGGGUUCCCAGCCAAUCACAGCCGUUUCCGCCCUUCUGCGGCGCCUCCCCCCCUUGCAGCCAGCCUUGGCACCACGUGAAACUGCUGGCGCGUGUCGAUCCAUCGCCUGGUCCAGGCCUUGAGUCU